CAAACAUCAACAAACAUCAACCAUAGCAGACAAAGCAGCGAAGAUCAGGUGGUGAUUAUGACACAAGAGGAACCAAUUGUUGCUGAGACAAAGGAAAUCACACAGGAGGAAAAGGACCAACAAACUGUGGAGGCCAUUGAGAAGGCUCUCCAACUCGUUGUGAAGACUGUUCAGACCUUUGACCAACGUUACAUCUUCAAGACUUUGAGAGAUCUUGUGUCUGUAAGACCCCAGCUUAAUGCCAGCGUCUUAUCGAAGCUUAUCAACACUUAUCUCGGUGACGCAUAUAAAUCCUACUUGAUUGAGUACAUUGGUGGCAUGGCUGAGGAUGUUGAGUUGAAGAAUGAAGUUUUGCCAGAGGUUACUUUUGCAAUUCAUUGGCUUGUUCAGUUAUACCUCUUGGACCAGAAUGAGCUCAAGAAGUUGGAUGAGCUGAACACGAAGCAUAUCAUAACAUUGACGAAAUCGCAAAACAGAAGGUCGCUAGACUUGAUCAACGUCAAGAUCUGGUUCUACAUUGCCAGAACAAAGGAGCUAUUGGGCGAUUUGAUUUCUAUUAGACCGGAGUUGUUCCUAUCGUUGAGAACAGCAUCUCUCAAGCAUGAUAACGAAACGUGCGGUGUUCUUAUAACACUUAUCUUGAGAAAUUACUUGUUGCUCCAUGAUUACACACAGGCUUCAAAUUUCAUAGAGAAGGUAGAAUUUCCAAAGAACAUCUCCACUUCGCUAGAGGCUAGAUACUUCUUUUACUUGGCAAAGAUCAAUUCUAUUCAAUUGAACUACUCAGAUGCCCAUGAAUUCGUCAUCACCGCUAUUAGAAAGGCACCACAGACUCAAAAUGCCAUUGGAUUUUUGCAAGUCUCCUACAAGUUGAGCGUAUUGAUUGAGUUAUUGACUGGUGAAAUUCCUGAGCUCUCCUUCUUUAAAAAACCAGGAUUUGAAAAGUGUUUGGUUCCAUACCGUGAAAUUACGAAGGCUGUGAAGUUGGGAGACCUAAAACUUUUCAACGAGACCUUGGCAAAAUACCGUGAACAUUUCGUUAAGGAUGAUAACCUUACACUUGUGACACGUUUGAGAUCCAAUGUUAUCAAGACCGGUAUCAGAAUCAUUUCACUUUCGUACACAAAGAUCUCCUUGAAGGACAUCUGCAUAAAGCUCCACUUAGAUAACGAAUCUUCUGCUGAAUACAUUGUUUCCAAAGCCAUCAGAGAUGGUGUCAUUGACGCCAAGAUCAACAACCAAAAGGGUUAUGUUGAGAGCAACGAAGUUCUCAACGUGUACUCUACAAACGAACCUCAGGUACAAUUGGACCAACGUAUCAAGUUUGUUAACCAGCUGCACAAUGAUAGCGUUAGAGCCAUGAGAUACCCACCUAGUGUCAAUAGGGUUCAUGAUUCCCUUGGUGGUGAAGCUGAUAUGGAAGAUGAAGCAGAGUUGAUCAAUGCUCUACAAGAUGAGUUUGACGGAGAUUUCUUUUAAGCAAAUGAAAAUGGCGAUUAAGUCCCUUUACUUUGGUUCUAUAUAACUUUGUAGAUUAUCUUUUACCAGCCAAUCUCAAGGCCCCAACGUAAUUCAAUACUUUUGAUC